GUUUGCGCCAAUCGCUUUCCCCACCUCUGAGCGCUGGGAGCAGUGUAAGAUUUCAGCGAGUUUUCCCCAAUAAAACAACAGAACAAAAAGAAGAACUGGGAGGAGGACCAACCAUCAUCAAACUGCCACAACAGCCACCAACCAACCAACCAACAACGAAGAUGAUGCGUGAAGAUGAACGCCCACUGCGGCGACGGGUUGCCAGCAGCAGCGAAGGCGCUGAUGACUCGUUUGUAAUGACGGAGGAGCAAGUGAAGAUGGUCAAGUCGGCGAUACACAAGGACAGGAGCAACCCGCUCGUCACCAGCAUCAUCUGGAUGAUCAUCGGCGGCUUUGUCUACUUUUACUUUGACCUGCAGAGUGUCCUUCUCUUUGAUCCUCGCAUCCCAACGUUUUGGUUGCGGUUGUCUGCUGUGUUGUUUGGAGUGUCGUGCGGGACUGGAACCUUGUGUGUGUUGGCCAGCCUCCUAUUCAAGGUGGACUAUGAACAACAGUUUCCCUGGGCGAUCCCACUUGCGGCUGGCACAGGCGUGCUCUGCGUUCUCUCGCACGCAGCCGCUGCCAGAGACGGCUGGGCAGGCGCAGUCUGCCGGGCGAGCCAUCCUGGAGCGCCUAGCCAGACGAACGCCAUACUACAAGCGCAACGCCCCGCACAUUUGCUCCUUCUGGGUCAAGGGCGAGUGUAAGCGCGGCGACCUCUGCCCCUACCGGCACGAGAUGCCAACCGACCCGGACGACCCGCUGUCGAAGCAGAACAUGAAGGACCGCUACUACGGCACCAGCGACCCCGUCGCAGAGAAGAUGCUCAAGCGCGCAAAGGUGACACGGCACCACGAGGCGCCCGAGGACAAGACCAUCACCACCCUCUACGUUGGCGGCUUGCGCGAGGACUACGGCAUCAACGAGACAGACAUCAGGGACGUGUUUUACCAGCACGGCGAGAUUCAGCGCAUCACCAUCACCCCAAACAAGAAAAACGCCUUUGUGGAAUACACAACGCGCGAGGCGGCCGAGCGGGCCAUGUCCGAGCUGCACAACAGCCUGUGCAUCAAGGGCCACUAUCUGCGCUUGUUGUGGGGUCGCCCAAAGGCGUCACAGCACGGCAAGGGCCCGCAGGACCCCACAACAGCCCCAGCUGUUCCCAAGGUGCCUGGUCUUCCCGGCGCCAUCCCACUCCCUGCCGACCUUGCUGCAAGCAAGGCUGUUGCAGGCACUGUGCCACUGCCGACGCCACCAACCGCGAUGGGCGGCCUGCCUGGUGUUCUGCAGCCCCCGCGUCCUCCCGUGCCUGGCGCUGCGGGGCUUGGCGGUCUCCUUCGCCCGCCCAUGCCCGGUGGCGCCCGCAUGGGGGCCCUGUAUCCGUCCAUGGACCCUUCGCGCAUGGGCUCCCGCGGUUCCAGCGCCACCACAGCCACAUCCAAGCAGCACAAGCAUCACACGCAGCACAAGGGCACGCCCUCCUCCUCCUCCUCCUCCUCCGCCUCCAAACCCUGAGGAACCCAAGAGGAAGGUGUUCGCUCAGUCGUUGUUGUGUGUAUGUGCGUGAGUGUGAGUGUGUGUGUGUGUUGAGUCGUGUGCGUGCGUGUGUGUCUGUGUGCAUGCGUGCGUGCGUGUGUGUGUGUGCGUGUGUGUUUGUGUUUGUGGGUGUCGCAUGUCUUCAGUCGUCGUCUUCAUGCACGAGCGUGCCAGGUAUGCUGUUUUGCAGAUCAUGUUCUUCUUGCGAGGAGUGAUUGAGAGAUGGAGAAGGAAUAAAAGGAAGAGAAGAAGAAAA